ACGAGAAUAUGAAAAAGGUUCUUGGAAAAAUCAAAUAUGAUGAACAUAAAUGGUUCAUAUGCGGUGACUUGAAGAUAACAACUAUACUUCUUGGGCAACAGUUAGGAUACACAAAAAAUCCGUGUUACAUUUGUUUGUGGGAUAGUAGGGCUAGGAAAGAACAUUGGAAUAAAAAAAGUUGGUCUCUGCAUAAGUCUCUCAAGCCAGGAUCAUUCAAUGUUCUUCAGAAACCUCUGGUUGAUCCUAAAAAAAUACUUCUGCCUCCCUUACACAUCAAAUUAGGACUCAUGAAGCAAUUUGUUAAAGCACUUGACAAGAAUGGAAAAUGUUUUCAAUCUCUUCUUAAGAUAUUUCCAUCCUUAUCUGAUGCAAAAAUAAAAGAAGGAGUCUUCAAUGGACCGGAUAUAAGAAAAGUUAUGAAGUUUACGGAAUUUGAAAAUACGAUGACAAAAUAUGAAAAAGCGGCAUGGGUGGACUUUAAAAAUGUUGUGAAAGAAUUUUUAGGGAAUAAGAAGGACGAAAAUUACGAAGCAGUUGUCGAGAAAAUGCUCGAAAGUUUCGAAAAGCUAGGUUGUAACAUGAGUUUGAAAGUCCACUUCCUUCAUUCUCAUUUAAAAUCAUUCCCUGAAAAUCUUGGAGACAUGAGUAAAAAGCAAGGAGAAAGAUUUCAUCAGGACAUAAAAGAGAUGAAACGUAGGUACCAAGGUCGGUGGAAUGUCACUAUGUUGGCCGACUACUGCUGGAAUCUUAAGCGUGAUGAAGUGGGAGUUAGACAUAAAAGAAAGUCUGACACUGGAAACCUGGAACAAAAGAGAAAAAGGUUUCAUAAAUCAAAAGAUUGAAACUAAAAUUUCUCGACUAUG